AUUGUUUAUUAACUGAGCCUUGCACCAGGGUCUCCCUGUCAAACUCAGAAACUUCCCAGGAGACAGCAGAAGAUAAGCACAGUUUUUGUUACAGCCCAGGAAUACUGUGAAUAGCUCUGUUCUGGAGCUGCUCCAGUCUUCAUAAGAGGUGGUGAGUGAACACAGAGCCAGAGAAAACCCCAUCUGGACGCCUACCACUCAGAACUUCAGGCCUCAGAGGAAACUGAAGGCUGAGUGAGAUUGUUUCACAUCUGGCUCUGACGAGAUCUUUCCCCACAGCAUGUCUUGCUCUCUAAGGCAAUUUGGAAACCCAGGUGUACACUUCCAGGGGUUCUCACAGCAAAGGGUAAAAGGGGUACCUAUUUAAAAGCCAGAUAGGUAUGGUGUGUUUUUGUUGUGAGGUGAGGUCUCACCACUUCACCCAAGCUGCUCUCAAACUCCUGGACCCAAGUGAUUCUUCUGUCUCAGCUUUCCAAGUAGCUGAGAAUACAGGAGUAGCCAUCAUGCCUGGCCCCAAAUAGAUACUAUUAAAAGAUAACUGUCCAGUUCCUCAGCCUCUACAUGUUCUUAUUCCUUAGAUUAAUCUACCUAGUGUGAAACUAUCUUGCCAGAUCUCCUUUCCCACCUGCACUUUCAGUCCUCCUGCAUUACUUCACCCCCAGGAUCCCUCCCAGCUCACCCAGAAUCUAUUAAUUCCAGGAUGCCAAAUUAAGAGGCAAAUUAAAAUCAGUAUCCCCAAAGCCUCAUCUGAUCAAGGUCUCAGGGACCAUCCAUCCUCUCAGGCAUUUUCAGUAUAAUUUUAUGUUAUUGAACUGUGUAAACUGUUUUUAAUACUAAUUGUAUAUUUUGUACUACUAACAAUUAUAAUGCAAAUUCAGUCCAGAAGGAAAAAAGUUUUAGGACUUCAUGAUCACAGGAAAAAUUUUUAAUUAAAUUUUAAAUCAUAUGCUUUUUUGCAAAGAAUGUGACAAAUGGCCAAUAAAAGACUUUCCAGCAUAAAAACAUUAAGAUAAAUUCUGUGGGGAAUAUAGAAAAGAAAUAUGAUCUCUGAUUUAAUAUCUUCUCACAUGUUUUUAAAGUGGAUAAUGAUGAGAUAUUUCAUUACUGUAGUGUUUAGAUUCCACUGGAAAACUUUAAAAGAGUGAUAUAGGGCUGGCGAUGUAAUUCAGUUGUAGAGCACUUGCCUAGCAUACAUGAAGCCCUGGGUUCCAUCCCCAGUACUGCAAGAAAAAGAAAAGUGAUAGCUUUAUUUUCAAAUGUCAGCAGAUAAAAUACACUGGAAGCUAUGUCUUUUUCAACUAUUCAGAAUCACAAAUGGAACAUUUCAUGUCCAACUUAAAAAAUGUGUGAGGAGGUCUGUGGGUCUUCAAAAUUCUUAUAGUGUCUGAGCAAAGAGACAUGAAGGCCACUCUGUUGAAGUUUGGGAUUUUAGGAUUUGGAAGGUACUUCACUGAUUAUCUAAUCUAUCUUGAUCAAUUUAUAGAUGAGGGCCCUGAGUACAGAGAAGGAUUGGCAGAUUUUCCCAAAGUCAAAGUCACUGUUACGACACAACCUGGGGAAACUUGCUCAUUUAUUUCACUGCCUCAUGGGCCUCUACUGUGCUCUGAAAGCCCACCAUCAGUUUUGAGGAAUGAAGAAGGAAGACAAAAAAAGUGAUCUUGAAAUAGUUACUGAAUAACAGGGACUUCUUGGGUCAGUUGCUCUCUUGCUGCUCCAGCCCAGUGGUGGGUUUAGGAGGCCCAGACUGGCAACCCUGAGGCAACCCUGAGGCUCAGGGUAAUUGGUUGAGGACAAAACCUAAAGUUUUUGUUUGUUUGAUUUUGGUAUUGGGGAUUGAAUCUAAGGCUACUCUACCACCAUGCUAGAUCUCCAGCCCUUUUUAUUUUUUAUUUAAGUUGCUGAGUCUGAUCUCUUAAUUUAGGAUCCUUCUGCCUCAGCCUCCUAAAUCACUGGGAUUAUAGGCUUGUACCACCACAUCCAACUGAAACUAAAGAUUUUGUUUAUUUGUUUUGUUUGGGGUAUCAGGGAUUUAACCCAGGGGUGCUUUACCCCCACUGAGCUACAUCCCCAACCCUUUUUUGAGUCAGGGUCUCACUUAAUUGCUUAGAGCCUUGCUAAAUUGCUGAAGCUGGCCUCAAAUUUGCCAUCUUCUUGCCUCAGCCUCCCUAGUCAGUAAGAUUAUAGGUAUUCACUGUCACACCUGAGUAAACCUAAUGUUUUGAAGAAUUUUCCAGACUGGGGAUUUCUUUUUUUCUAGGGUCACCUGUGCCCCUGUGACCUGAGAAACCCUCAUCUUUGGGGUUCUGAGAGUCUAACCUGGGCUACUAAUCAUUUCACACAAUAUGCCUUUCUCAGAACAUUUGAAUUUCUUCUGUUGGUCGUCAUCAUAAACACAAAUGGUGCCCCAUCAGAUGUGCUCCCUUGUGCAUUCAUUGCACAACCAUUGGUUUGCACAGCAGCCCUGGGCUAAAUUAACCCUUUAGAGCCCCCUCAGUCCAGGGGUCACAGUUCACUGAAGUGGACACCACAGUUGAUAGGCUUUAUGCAACCUGAAGAGGACACUAUUGUGCACACCCACCUUGCUUCCCAGAACCCCAGGAGAAGGACUAGACCACACUGAUAAUAAGGCAGACACAGAUUUGUUUGAAUGACUUUUAAAAUUUGGUUAGUUUUAACUUCAUGACCUCUUUUUUCCCUGUGGAGUUGGGUACAGAGUAGAGGGAUUUGGGAUGACCAAACUAAGGCAGGCACACUCAAGCAGGCUGUAGACAUGACAGCCCUGAACAGUAGGCCUGGUCCUGAGACAUGAAUUAGAAUGUAGUUGGAGGGAGCUAAGGACACAGGGCUAAUAGGAAAGGACUCAGGCUGCUGUCAGGACACACACUAUCACACACCCGAGGCCAGGACCCUGCUGACGUGACAGCCCUUCACCCUGGCCCCUUACUACCCCCCCGCCCCUCUCCCCCGCCUGCCAGCUGCCAACAGGGCUCUGCCCUGUGUCUGCCACACCUGUCACUGCCUGUCCUUGCCCCAGCGAGGAGGGGGGCCCAUCAGCCCCUCCUCAGCUGCCCAGCAGAGCAGGCAGUUAGUGGGGAGGGGAGGGAACAUGGAGCGGGGGCUGGUGGUGGGGGCAGGGCCGGGGGCUGGGACCCGAAUCCGGGCACUGCUGGGCUGCCUGGUGAAGGUGCUCCUCUGGGUAGCUUCUGCCUUGCUGUACUUUGGAAGUGAACAGGCUGCCCGCCUUCUGGGAAGCCCCUGCUUACGGCGCCUCUACCAUGCCUGGUUGGCAGCGGUGGUCAUCUUUGGGCCCCUUUUACAGUUCCAUGUCAACUCUCGGACUAUCUUCGCCAGCCACGGCAACUUCUUCAACAUCAAGUUUGUGAAUUCAGCCUGGGGCUGGACAUGCACCUUCCUGGGGGGCUUUGUGCUGCUGGUGGUGUUCCUGGCUACACGGCGAGUGGCAGUGACUGCCAGGCACCUGAGCAGACUGGUGGUGGGGGCAGCAGUGUGGAGGGGGGCCGGCCGGGCCUUCCUGCUCAUCGAGGACCUGACUGGUUCCUGCUUCGAGCCUCUGCCCCAGGGCCUGCUGCUUCACGAGCUACCUGACCGCCGCAGCUGCCUGGCUGCAGGCCACCAGUGGCGGGGCUACACCGUCUCUUCCCACACUUUCCUGCUCACCUUCUGCUGCCUGCUUAUGGCUGAGGAAGCAGCAGUGUUUGCCAAGUACCUGGCCCAUGGGCUGCCUGCUGGCACCCCCCUGCGCCUGGUCUUCCUGCUCAACGUGCUGCUGCUGGGCCUCUGGAACUUCUUGCUGCUCUGUACCGUCAUCUAUUUCCACCAGUACACUCACAAGGUGGUGGGUGCCGCGGUAGGCACCUUUGCCUGGUACCUUACCUAUGGUAGCUGGUAUCAUCAGCCCUGGUCUCCAGGGAGCCCAGGCCAUGGGCUUUUCCCUCACCCCCGCUCUAGCCGCAAGCAUAACUGAAAGAAAUAAAGGCACAUCAGGCCUA